CUGAUGCCAUAUUGUUUACGAGACGCGCGCUACUGUCGAGAGACGAGUCAGGACAAGUAAACGUAUAUCGAGCAGUCGGUCCAGCGUGUCAAUCUCACCGGUUUAUUAUCAAGUAUGCGAAGAUUGAGUACCAAAAGCAAGCGUAAGAAAUCCGAAAUGUGGAGUGAGAGUAGUUCGGAGGAAAAUGGCGUCGCGCGUAAUAUAACCGAUAGUGAUGACAAAAUGAAGGCAGGAAAGGAUAACGAGAACGCGGAUACGCCACGUAGAGGUAGCGCAAAAAAGCGUCCAUCUCGCGGACGCCAUAGCCAGAAAGAAUCACUCGAUAAUACGAACGAGAGAGCGGAAGAUGAAGAUACUCAAUCUGCCGACGCUGAAGAAGAAGAAAAGAAUGCGGAAAAGGGUGGAGCGAGUAAGAAGCUCAAGAAAGAAGAUCCGAAAGGUGCUUCUAUAAAAGAUGGAAACAAAAAAGAAUAUGAGGUCGAGAAAAUUAUGGGGCAACGUACCAUUAAAGGUCGGCGCCAAUUUUUAAUUAGAUGGAAAGGUUAUGGUGCUGAUUCUGAUACAUGGGAACAAGAAGAAAACCUUAACUGUUCACAAUUAAUUGAAGAGUUUCUAGCUGAAGAUGAAGAAAAUCAGGAGGACACUAAGACAAAAAAAUCUGAAAAUUCUGCGAAAUCGCCGAAAAAAGCUGCAGAAUUAGACCGAAAAUCUAAAAAAUUGAAAAACAGUCCAAAAAAGAGAACAGAAAAUGAUAAACAGAUAAGUUCAGAUGAUGCAAAAGAUGACAAAGAUGAUCAAAAGGAAUUUGAAGUAGAGAAAAUUAUUGAAGUACAAUAUAAGAAAAAUAAGAACAGAGAAUUUUUAAUCCGCUGGAAAGGUUUUACAUCUGCAGACGAUACCUGGGAACCAGAGGAAAAUUUAAAUUGUCCUGAACUAAUUGCUAAAUUUAUGCAGAAAGUAGAAAAAGCAAGAAGUACUGAAGCACGUGAACUUAGAGCAAAUCGUCCUCAUACAAAAAGAUACACAUUGACUACACAUGAACAUGGAAGAAGAUUAUCCCGAAGAAAUAUGGAUAAACAAAGAGCUACGUAUCAUGAGUGUGAUGAAUAAAUGGACAUAAAAUAACAAGGUCACUUAAAAGUUCAUAUACAUAUGUGUGUAUGCAUGUAUGUAUAUACUUAAAUACAUACGUGUUUUGUAGUGUUACAAAAAAAAAUGACACAUGUUUAAAAAGUAAAGCAUAAAUCAGUUAUUUUGAACAUAAACUUUUAGUAUACAUAUAUGUACAUAGAAGUUAGGCACUAAUUUUGUGAUUAUUGAAUCAUU